AUGUGUUCUGCCUCACAGGGGGCCAGAGCCGCUAAGACCGCUGUGAGCAGCGGGAACGGUAGCAGCGGCAGCAGUAGCAGCAGCAUCGUCAGCCACACCUGGACGCUCCCCAGCCUGCGCUGGGUGACGGGCAAAGAGCCUCAGCAAAGCGCCCUCGCCCUCAACCACAACAGCGUCAGUGACGGCAUCAGGGGACGCAACUCCAACCCCGACAAAGACCCGGCAGAGUCCGGCACUGACGAAAACAUGACUGGUCACUUCUCCGAGGCCAAAGCAUCUGGCCGGGGCCUCAGACAUCACCGGGGCGAGCUCCACCAGGACAGCAGGAAGCUCCCGAGGUGCCGGGCCAUGAUGUCAGCCCUCUGUCACCACGGAGACGUGGCCCCAGAGCCCCCUGAGGGCAGCGCCCUUGUGCCUGAAAAGACUGUGUUCAACAAAUCAUUCAUCUCCCAAGUGCCAUUAAGACUGCAGAUCAAAGUAAGCGGGCAGCGCGGAAGCCUGGGCAUCAGCAUUGCCGGAGGAAAGGGCUCCCUGCCGUACAAGGAGCAAGAUGAGGGCAUCUUCAUCUCAAGAGUGUCGAAAGGGGGUCCUGCUGAGAGGGCCGGGGUCCACGUAGGAGACCGAGUGCUGGAGGUCAACGGUCUGGACAUGCAGGAGGUCACCCACCACGAGGCGGUCAGCACCCUGAGGAAUGCUGGGAGCUGCAUCAAGAUGAAAGUGCUGAGGUCGCGAGCCCUGCCGCACGAGCCUUGUCCCCCGCCAGAGAACCCUGUUGCUGCCAGGGAGACAGAGCUGAGAAUCGUUCGACAGCACGACCCUGGGAACAGCAGUGGAGGUGGAGGUGGAGGCAGCAAUCGGCAUGUGCCCAAGCAGCCCAAAGUGGAGCCACCGGCAACAGACUACAAUCUGAGCAAGAGGAUCGAGGCCGUGGUGGUGUGCAAUGGAAACGGAGUGAACCGGCUCAACACUGAACCUGCCCGUGGUCGAGUCGUGAAGGACGCCGACGCCUCUCUUAAAAGCAAUGCCCUGCAGGUCGUGAAAAACACCAUGACAAUACCCCGGAUCAUCCUUACGCAUCCGUCCACCUCGGACGAGGACGUUGAGCCCCUCACCCCAAGCCCUGAUGAGGGGGAUUUGGACGACUUUGACGACCCGGACUCUCACCUAUCCUCAGACUGUUUGAGCAGCGCCUUCUAUCCACCCUGAGUCAGGUGGCGAGUGCGUCGUGUGCUCCUGUCCAGG